ACGCGAUUUGUGGGAGUCAUGGCGGGCUUGGUUGACUUCCAGGACGAGGAGCAGGUGAAGUCCUUCCUGGAGAACAUGGAGGUGGAGUGUCACUACCAAUGCUACCGCGAGAAGGACCCGGAGGGUUGCUAUCGGCUGGUGGACUAUCUGGAAGGAAUCCAAAAGAAUUUUGAUGAAGCCGCAAAGGUGCUGAAGUUCAACUGUGAGAAAUAUGGGCAUGCUGACAGCUGUUACAAGCUGGGGGCCUAUUACGUGACUGGAAAAGGUGGCCUGACUCAGGACCUAAAGGCUGCCUCUUCCUGCUUUCUGAUGGCCUGUGAGAAACCAGGAAAGAAGUCUGUGGAAGCCUGUCACAACGUUGGACUAUUGGCACAUGAUGGACAGGUCAAUGAAGAUGGCCACCCUGACCUGGGGAAGGCCAGGGACUACUACAGCAGAGCCUGUGAUGGCGGUUAUGCAGCCAGCUGCUUCAACCUCAGUGCCAUGUUUCUACAGGGUGCCCCUGGCUUUCCUAAGGAUAUGGGUCUGGCGUGUAAAUAUUCAAUGAAGGCCUGUGACCUGGGCCAUGUCUGGGCCUGCGCCAAUGCCAGCCGCAUGUACAAACUGGGGGAUGGCGUUGAUAAGGACGAGGCUAAGGCCGAAAUGCUGAAAAAUAGGGCCCGGCAGCUGCACAAAGAACAGCAGAAAAACGUCCAACCUAUAACGUUUGGGUAAUGUGUGGCCCCACCCCUUCCACAACAGAUGGCUUCACCCUGGCAGCUCUUCUCCCAUCCCAGAGGUCACUCAGUGCCAUCUGCUCCAGAGUGUCACCUGCUGAGAAUGGCUAGAAGUAUUUUAGUAAAUAAUCUUUUGUGUGUACUCUGUGAAGAUACCUACAUUUAUGGGGGUGUGGGGAUGUCUUAAUUUCUAAACUGGACCUGUGAAAAAUUGGAGUAAACUGCAGAGCCGUAGGCUUUUGGGGGUUGGGGAGACAGAAAUUGGGAAGCUUAGCAGCCUCGGGCCUGAAAGAAUCAGCCAUCAUCAUUUUAGUCAGAAGAGCUUGAAAAUUAGAAAGUAUCCUAAUUUGCAUAACAGAGGUCUUAGAACAGCCAGGCAGUCACGACUGCCGCCCUCUGCCUUACAUAACCCAACCUUGGUGUGGGCUCCUUGCCGAUCCAGGCAGACCUUUCAGCAGAUUUAUAGGGAUCAGGAGCCUGUGCUGAAGAAAGUUGAGGUGGUUAUAUUAGCCUUGCUGUUGCCAAAGGAGACAAAACCUAAGCCUCCCCUCCUCUAGACAAAUCUCUGGCAGUUAAAAACUAGCCUCUCCGCUGGCUCUGCUCCUCGUGGGAAGACAUGGCUCUGGAAGUAGCUCCAGCUAGGAAUUU